CGCCUUUUCCAUUUCCUCCCUCCCGACGCUUCCUUCUCUCGCCAGCGCAAGCCUUGACGGCGAAACAUUUCUUUUUUUCUUCUCCCAGACCCGCAGACUAUACUCCCGAGUUUCGAGUCUGCCCAGCGUGCGAAUUUUCCUGUCGCCGCCAACUCAAAACCUUGCUGUGCCGUUCUCGAGGCACCAACCCAAUACCUCCUACAAGCAAGACCCGAUUUCAUUUAGACAGGUUUUUACCUCAAAACAAUCAAAAUGGUCAAUUUCACGGUCGAUGAGAUCCACGGUCUCAUGAAGAAGCCGUCCAAUGUUCGUAACAUGAGUGUUAUUGCUCAUGUCGAUCACGGCAAAUCUACCCUGACGGACUCCCUUCUGGCCAAGGCUGGUAUCAUUUCCACCGGAAAGGCUGGCGAUGCCCGCGCUACCGAUACUCGUGCCGACGAGCAGGAGCGUGGUAUCACGAUCAAGUCGACUGCCAUCUCCCUGUACGCUACUCUUCCCGAAGGCGAGGAUCUCAAGGACAUCAAGGGCCAGGAGUCGGAUGGCACCGACUUCCUGAUUAACCUGAUCGACUCACCCGGUCACGUUGAUUUCUCUUCUGAGGUCACUGCUGCUCUCCGUGUUACUGACGGAGCCCUCGUUGUCGUCGACACCGUCGAGGGUGUGUGCGUGCAGACCGAGACUGUGCUCCGCCAGGCUCUCGGUGAGCGUAUCAAGCCUGUUGUUGUCAUCAACAAGGUCGACCGUGCUCUGCUCGAGCUGCAGGUCUCCAAGGAGGAUCUGUACCAGUCCUUCUCCCGUACCAUCGAGUCGGUCAACGUCGUCAUUUCCACCUACUUCGACAAGAGCCUCGGUGAUGUCCAGGUCUACCCUGACAAGGGCACCGUUGCUUUCGGUUCCGGUCUGCACGGCUGGGCCUUCACCAUCCGUCAGUUCGCCGUCCGUUACGCCAAGAAGUUCGGUGUCGACCGCAACAAGAUGAUGGAGCGUCUCUGGGGCGACAAUUACUUCAACCCCAAGACCAAGAAGUGGACCAAGAACGGUACCUACGAGGGCCAGCAGCUCGAGCGUGCCUUCAACCAGUUCAUCCUGGACCCCAUCUUCAAGAUCUUCUCUGCCGUCAUGAACUUCAAGAAGGACGAGGUCGCCACCCUCCUCGGCAAGCUCGAGCUCAAGCUGGCUCCCGAGGACCGUGACAAGGAGGGCAAGCAGCUGCUUAAGGCUGUCAUGCGGACUUUCCUGCCCGCUGCCGACUCUCUUCUGGAGAUGAUGAUCCUGCACCUGCCUUCCCCCAAGACCGCUCAGAAGUACCGUGCCGAGACCCUGUAUGAGGGUCCUCAGGACGACAAGAUCUUCGCCUCCAUCCGUGACUGUGAGUCUGACCCCGAGAAGGCGGACCUCAUGCUCUACGUGUCCAAGAUGGUGCCCACCUCCGAUAAGGGCCGUUUCUACGCCUUCGGCCGUGUCUUCUCCGGUACCGUCAAGUCUGGUGUCAAGGUCCGCAUUCAGGGCCCCAACUACGUCCCUGGCAAGAAGGAGGACCUCCACGAGAAGGCUAUCCAGCGUGUCGUCCUCAUGAUGGGUGGCAAGGUUGAGGCCAUCGACGACAUCCCCGCCGGUAACAUUGUUGGUCUGGUCGGUAUUGACCAGUUCCUGCUCAAGUCGGGUACCAUCACCACCGAUAAGGCGGCCCACAACCUCAAGGUUAUGAAGUUCUCCGUCUCGCCCGUCGUGCAGCGCUCCGUCCAGGUUAAGAACGCCCAAGAUCUUCCCAAGCUGGUUGAGGGUCUCAAGCGUCUCUCCAAGUCUGACCCUUGUGUCCUGACUACCACCUCCCCCUCUGGUGAGCACAUCGUUGCUGGUGCUGGUGAGCUCCACCUGGAGAUUUGCCUGAACGACCUGGAGCACGACCACGCUGGUGUUCCUCUCAUCAUCUCCGACCCUGUCGUCCAGUACCGUGAGACCGUUGGUGCCAAGUCCAGCAUGACUGCGCUCUCCAAGUCCCCCAACAAGCACAACCGUCUGUACAUGGUUGCCGAGCCUCUGGAUGAGGAGCUCUCCCUGGCCAUUGAGAAUGGCAAGGUCACCCCCCGUGACGAUUUCAAGGCCCGUGCCCGUGUCCUCGCUGAUGACUUCGGCUGGGAUGUCACCGAUGCCCGAAAGAUCUGGACCUUCGGCCCCGACACCACCGGUGCCAACCUGCUCGUCGACCAGACAAAGGCCGUCCAGUACCUCAACGAAAUCAAGGACUCUGUUGUCUCUGGUUUCCAGUGGGCUACCCGUGAGGGUCCUGUCGCUGAGGAGCCCAUGCGUUCCGUGCGCUGGAACAUCCUCGAUGUGACCCUGCACGCCGAUGCUAUCCACCGUGGCGGUGGUCAGCUCAUCCCCACUGCCCGCCGUGUCCUGUACGCGGCUGCCCUGCUUGCCGAGCCGGCUCUCCAGGAGCCUGUGUUCCUGUGCGAGAUCCAGGUGCCCGAGCAGGCUAUGGGCGGUGUCUACGGUGUCCUCACUCGGAGACGUGGUCACGUCUUCGGCGAGGAGCAGCGCCCCGGUACUCCUCUGUUCACCAUCAAGUCCUACCUGCCCGUCAUGGAGUCUUUCGGCUUCAACGGCGAUCUGCGUGCCGCCACCUCUGGCCAGGCCUUCCCCCAGUCCGUGUUCGACCACUGGCAGCUGCUGCCCGGUGGCUCGCCCCUCGACCCUACUUCCAAGGUCGGUACGCUUGUGCAGGAGAUGCGUAAGCGCAAGGCUAUCAAGGUUGAGGUGCCCGGUGUUGAGAACUAUUACGACAAGCUGUAAACGCCUCUCAUCGAUGCUCAUAGACCUUUCCCGCCGCCUUACAUGGCGCAUUUCAUAGAAUGUGUUUUCUUCGGCAAGCAUCUUGCUCGCUUACCCAAAAGCCGGAAAAGCAAUCUACGAUAUCAAAACGACGAGAAAUUGGGGAUGUGAAGAGCGAGUGGAUGUCGAGAAAACAAGCACCGGGAUACACCACGAAUGUCCAACUUUACACGCUUGUAGUCACACUGGGGAAUUUAAUUUGAUUUUGUUCAACAAAAAUG